AUUUAUUUAUUUAUUUUUUAAUUGCAGGCUAAUUGAGGCAGCAGAAGGGCAAAGUUGUUUGAAAUGUAGGUUGGUAAUUUUGGUAGUGGAAAUUUAGACAUUUGGAAUUUUACCCAAUCUAUGAAGCCCACUGAGAUGACGACAGACACAUAAAUUCAUUUAAAGACCAUGUAUCUUUAAAAAAAAAAAAAACUUUUGUUAUAUCAUACUCAUAUUAAUUAUGAGAAUACAGUCAUAUUUUUCUUUAUCACUCACCUUCUCUUUUUUUUUCUCAUCUUUCAUUUUUAUUUUUAGUUGGCUAAAACACUCUCUCCAUUUCUCCCCAGCAACCUCAUUCUGGCUUCUUGCUUUGUGAAGUCUGUCUAUGAACUUCUGUGGUGAUAGAGUAAAUGAAGUAGGAGUAGAGAUUCUGUAAAGGUGAGUGUCAAGUACUGCCCUAAAAAAUAUGGAAAAUUCUGCUGCUGGUUUCUUUUUGUCAACAUUAGGAUUUUGUUAAGCCCUGAUCCAUAGUGUUAUGCUGUGUGCCAACUAUUACCAUAUGUUCUUUUAUUUAUAUCAGUCACUAAAUGCUAUCUUACUGGAUGAAUUUCACUAGGGGCAGGAAACCAGAGGCUGCAGCUACAGGGAUGACAUAGCGCAGGCCACUUUGAGACCGCCUCCCCAAGAAAGACUUUCCUGGAGAGCUAAAAUUGUAGAGAUAUGAGUGGCCCAAAAGCCACAAGCAGUAAUCAAUCAACUAAUCAUAAUUCCAAAGGAUGAGAUAAUGUUCCCAUAGUGUAUCAUUAGUGUGAUGAGUUUAUCUCUUUAAGGCCUCACAGCCUGCUGAUACACUGUGGUUUUUCUUGGUCCUAUCUCUUUAUUUUUUACCACCUCUGAUCUCUUUAAACCCACUCUGUUUCCAUUUUCCUCCCUUCCCAUUGUUUCCUCCUUUUUCCUUAACACUUCUUCCUUAGAUUAAUCUUUAAAUACAAAUGGAAAUAAUAAUCGGAUUAUUUUUCAUGAGGAAACCACCUUUCCAUUUCAUUAUUCACAAAUAGAAUAAUGAAAUAAAGCUGUUUACAGAAAUGCAUAUAGAAGAUCAGACAAAAAUGAUAUAGACCAAACAUUGUUCUUGAAUAGUGGUAUCAAAUGUAAAAUUAUGAAUAAAAUCUUAAAAGACUUUUGGUGUAUUUUCAUAUUAAAGGGUUAUUUUGCAUUUAUCAAGUAUCACUGUUUGGGGGAAAAUGUAAUCAAUUACAGUCGUUCCAUAUAUUUCUUUUUUCCGCCUCCUGAUUUUUCAUGCUUGAAACCAUCCUGGAAAGCUUCCAGAAUUGUUACAAAUGAAGUUAUGCUUUGGUCAGUGUUAGUAAGGGCCUAUGAUCCAUAGGCGUAAAACUCCAGGACAGGGAUGAGUAGUUUUGUUUUCUUCAGCCUCUUGUAGAAAUUCCACAUUACUUAACUGAAUAGACCCAUUGAUGAGUGGAGAAUGGCUAAGAGUGGAAACAGCUCCACUCUCUACCUCUGUAAUUUCGAAACAAAAAAUUCCAUUUGAGGGCGUUAAUAAGAGACUUUAAUCGUGAAUGCUUAACUGAACUUUGAUAAUCAUUUAGCAUUUUAUUCACCAAAAGGGAAUUUUCUUGUCCUUUCCUCCUAUAAUUACUGGGGGCAAAAUACCGUACUAUUUAAAAUGUGCUUACAGAAACUACUAGGAGGCAGAACUAGAAGCAAAUUCUUCUUGGGUUCUUCCCUGGCUUUUCAGAGAGAGAGAGAGAGAGAGAGAGAGAGAGAGAGAGAAGGCCAGAUAUUUUUAUUAUAAAUUCCCUGACAGAAAUAAAGACAUGAUAAGAUAAGAAACUCACAGAGUCAGUAACUUGUUCAGGAUCACAAAGCCAGAAAGUGACAGAAAUCUGAACCCAAGAAACCAUGACUGGAGCCUGCUCUUUAAACCACUGUACUCUCCUGCCUCCUUGAAGUAAUCAAGAUGGUGUACAUCAUUUAAAUACCAUUUUACCAUGAAGACUGUGGAGACCCUGGCACAUAAGACCUCCAUAAAUUUAGUGAAUGUUUUGCCUCUUAAAUAUAGAGAUGAAAAAACAUUAUAAUAGUUAUUUAAUAGAAGAAAGGAUUCAUUUACAGUUACCAGGGAUACAGCUCUAGCAAUCUUGCCUGUUAGGUCUUCAAAGAACUGAUCAUUUGAGAGGUGGAAAGGGGCUCCUCCUCUCCUGCUAUACUCACUUACUGCACUUACCCAUUCCAGCAGCUUCUACCAAUACCUCCCGUCUUACCCUCCUGGGCUUUGGGGAAAUUAAAGUAGCCUUUUAGGAGUAAGUCAGGGGUCUCAGGUCUAAGGAGCUGUUAAGUGAGCAAUAGGUACUCAAUAAACUAAGUAUUAUGAACAAAACUGUAUAUGUCUAUGUAAGGAAGAGGGGUGGCCAUCAGAAUUUAUGGUUUAGAUGCCGUUUUCCUAGAAGUGAUGUAAACGAACUCUUGCUACUCUAUCUGCACUCUAAUCUGAAUCUACUUAAGGUGCAUCAGUAUCUGUACCAAGAAGGUUGUCUGUAAACAUGAAAGAUGCUCACUGGCUUGUGGGGAAGCUGAACCUAUAUCCUCAGCAAAAUAUGGUGAUAGCUAACUCAGGGAAGCAGCCGUAUUCCACAGCAGCAUCUUCACUCAGUAGCUCUGGUUUGGAGCUCCUGCUCUGUGUCUAUAAUGGCCACAGAUGUAGGAAUAUUCACUUUUUGUCCAAUCUGUAGAGCUAGCCUACUGCAGUUCUCAAACUGAUCUCAGAGGGAGGACUUAACUGGAUGAAACUACUAGGCUGACAGUAGCACCUCUUGAUUAUCUUUUCCUUGGGCUACUGGGAUGGUAGCUGGUUUCUAACUCCUUUCAAGUUGCUUCAAUUCAAAACUGGUGUCAAGGAAAGGAACCUGCUGGUGCUGAUUUAUACAUAAUUUUUAGAAUUAUUCAGAAAUGGUGAGUUGGACCAAUUAUUUUAUUCCAGAGUUUUUCAAUGUGUGAUAAUGGAAAAAAUUCUGUAUUCAAGGGAGUUCGGAAAAUGCUGGGUUAAAAGAGUGAAAAGGUCUUCUCUUCUACACGAGUUUCAGAGCCUUUAACAUGAAAAUGUUCCGGAAUGAGGAAUCUAAGAGGACAGGAGAGUACCCAGUAUCUCCCAGACUUGUUUGACCCCAGAAUUCCUGUUUGUCAGAACAUAUUCUGGGACCACUGUUUCUCACAAGUACAUAGUAGGUAAGAACAUAGUGGAUCCUGACUGCAAAAAUCCAGCUCUACCACUUACUGUGGUCUCGAACAAAGUACUUAACUUCUUUGUACCUGUCUCCUCAUCUGCCAAAUAUGGAUAAUAAUACCUACUUUAUAGGUUUAUUGUGAAGAUUAAAUGACCAUACACAACACACAUCAAAUUACUAAGUGUAGUAUAUGUUAGCUAUUAUUAUUUUAUUUAUUCAGUGCUCUACUAAUAAUCUAGGCCCCAUAUACAUCUAAAGUAUAAAUUUCAAAAGUGAUAGAAAGUUCUUUGUGACUUUUCUGAACUAGGGAACAUCUGAACUAGGGAAUAGUAUAGAGAUCUUGGGUUUGGGGGUAAAUUCAACAGAGUUUCCAAUUUAAAUCAUCUGUCUAGUCAGUAUGGCUGCAGAGUCAUGCCGAAAUGAAAAUGUUGACUUUGAGUAACUAAAGGUAAAAUAAAAGAAAAAGGGAAAGUGGAACAGUGGUAAGAGUUAUUCUUGUAUUCAUCUAAUUUAGACUUGGUUGAAAUUGAAAAUGUCAAGUUAUGAGUAGUGUAGAACAGUAGACAUCAAACACUAAAAUUCCAGCUUUCUGGAUUAAUGCUGUGGAAAGAAUGAAGUUGGUUGAUAAUGUUUAGCCUAGCAAGAAGGUGAAGAGAAAGCCAUACAAGAAGUGGCUUAGGCAGCAAAUGAUAAAGGUGACCAUUCAUUCAAAUCAGUGAAACAGACAAAUAUACCUUAUUCUUUAGGUAAAAUUGAUGGAUCUCUGUUUUCCAGCAGUUCAUAAACAGAGGGCUAUAUUGUAAACAACAAACUAACAAAAUAAACUCUAGGAUGGCAACCUGUUAAGGCAUCCCAGAAAAUUAGAGGUAGGACAUGAAUUUAAAAGAUUGGAAGGUAUGUCUUCAGGACUGGCCUGGCCCUGAGUAGACUGGUGCUACCUCCCACAGGGGUGUGUGUGCACACAUAAUACAGGAGGAAAGCCUUCCAUUCUAGGGCAAGUGAUUCAGUUUGGGAGGCUGUGACUGAGUUCCACUCAGUAAAAACGGGAAACUUGAUUGUCCUUCAACAGACCUGUCCAAAAUGACUAGAAAGUAAAUACCGUAAAUCACUAUUGUCAGGGCGCACAUUCCACCUCCUUCCUCCCUUCCCCACAGCGGUCCUCAUUUCCACACCCCCUCAACGGUUAGGGGAGAGCUCGUGGUCUAAGUAACGAGAGGACUUCUGACUGUAAUCCUAGCACGUCACUUUGUUGAAGGCAGACACGUGGUUCAGAGAGAACUUAUAAAUCUCUCCUCUCCGGCAAGAUCGUGAUGUUAUCUGCUGGCAGCAGAAGGUUCGCUCCGAGCGGAGCUCCAGAAGCUCCUGACAAGAGAGAGACAGAUAGAGAUAGAAAGAGAAAGACAGCAGAGCGAGAGCGCAAGUGAAAGAGGCAGGGGAGGGGGAUGGAGAAUAUCAGCCUAACGGUCUAGGGAGUCAUCCAGGAACAAACUGAGGGGGCUGCUCGGCUGCAGACAGGAGGAGGCAGAGAGGGUCUAUUUUAGGGUGGCAAGUGCCUACCUACCCUAAGCGAGCAAUUUCACGUUGGGGAGAAGGCAGGAGAGGUUGGGAAAGGGUGGAAGUCCAAGGGAGCCCCUGCGCAACCCCCUCAGGAAUAAAACUCCCCAGCCAGGGUGUCGCAAGGGCUGCCGUUGUGAUCCGCAGGGGGUGAACGGAAUCGCGACGGCCGAUCGUCUGUGGCUGGGUUGGCGUUUGGAGCAAGAGAAGGAGGAGCAGGAGAAGGAGGGAGCUGGAGGCUGGAAGCGUUUGCAAGCGGCGGCGGCAGCAACGUGGAGUAACCAAGCGGGUCAGCGCGCGCCCGCCCGGGUGUAGGCCACGGCGCGCAGCUCCCGGAGCAGGAUCCGCGCCGCCUCUGCAGCCUCUGCGGCCCCUGCGGCACCCGACCGAGUCCCGAGCGCGGUGCGAAGCGCACCCUCCUCCCCGCGGCGCGCCGGGCUCGCCCCCAGCGCGCGCACACGCGCACACACACACACACACACGCACACACGUGUGCGCUUCUCUGCUCCGGAGCUGCUGCUGCUCCUGCUCUCAGCGCCGCAGUGGAAGGCAGGGCCGAACCGCUCCUUCUUUAAAUAUAUAAAUUUCAGCCCAGGUCAGCCUCUGCGGCCCCCCUCACCGCGCUCCCGGCGCCCCUCCCGUCAGUUCGCCAGCUGCCAGCCCCGGGACCUUUUUUCAUCUCUUCCCUUUUGGCCGGAGGAGCAGAGUUCAGAUCCGCCACUCCGCACCCGAGACUGACACACUGAACUCCAUUUCCUCCUCUUAAAUUUAUUUCUACUUAAUAGCCACUCGUCUCUUUUUUUUUUCCCCAUCUCGUUGCUCCAAGAAUUUUUUUUUUUUUCUUACUCUCCAAAGUCAGGGUUCCCUCUGCCCGUCCCGUAUUAGUAUUUCCACUUUUGGAACUACUAGCCUUUUUUUUUUUUUUUUUUAAAGGAAUUCAAACAAGAUACGUUUUUCUAUUGGGCAUUGACUAGAUUGUUUGCAAAAGUGUCGCAUCAAAAACAAAACAAAACAAACAAACAAACAAAAAAAACAACUCUCCUUGAUCUAUACUUUGAGAAUUGUUGAUUUCUUUUUUUUUUCUUCUGACUUUUAAAAACAACUUUUUUUUCCCACCUUUUUAAAAAAUGCACUACUGUGUGCUGAGCGCUUUUCUGAUCCUGCAUCUGGUCACGGUCGCGCUCAGCCUGUCUACCUGCAGCACACUCGAUAUGGACCAGUUCAUGCGCAAGAGGAUCGAGGCGAUCCGCGGGCAGAUCCUGAGCAAGCUGAAGCUCACCAGUCCCCCAGAAGACUAUCCUGAGCCCGAGGAAGUCCCCCCGGAGGUGAUUUCCAUCUACAACAGCACCAGGGACUUGCUCCAGGAGAAGGCGAGCCGGAGAGCGGCCGCCUGCGAGCGCGAGAGGAGCGACGAGGAGUACUACGCCAAGGAGGUUUACAAAAUAGACAUGCCGCCCUUCUUCCCCUCCGAAACUGUCUGCCCAGUUGUUACAACACCCUCUGGCUCAGUGGGCAGCUUGUGCUCCAGACAGUCCCAGGUGCUCUGUGGGUACCUUGAUGCCAUCCCGCCCACUUUCUACAGACCCUACUUCAGAAUUGUUCGGUUUGACGUCUCAGCAAUGGAGAAGAAUGCUUCCAAUUUGGUGAAAGCAGAGUUCAGAGUCUUUCGUUUGCAGAAUCCAAAAGCCAGAGUGCCUGAACAACGGAUUGAGCUGUAUCAGAUUCUCAAGUCCAAAGACUUAACAUCUCCAACCCAGCGCUACAUUGACAGCAAAGUUGUGAAAACAAGAGCAGAAGGCGAAUGGCUUUCCUUCGAUGUAACUGAUGCUGUUCAUGAAUGGCUUCACCAUAAAGACAGGAACCUGGGAUUUAAAAUAAGCUUACACUGUCCCUGCUGCACUUUUGUACCAUCUAAUAAUUACAUCAUCCCAAAUAAAAGCGAAGAAUUAGAAGCAAGAUUUGCAGGUAUUGAUGGCACCUCCACAUAUACCAGUGGUGAUCAGAAAACUAUAAAGUCCACUAGGAAAAAAAACAGUGGGAAGACCCCACAUCUCCUGCUAAUGUUAUUGCCCUCCUACAGACUUGAGUCACAACAGACCAACCGGCGGAAGAAGCGUGCUUUGGAUGCGGCGUAUUGCUUUAGAAAUGUGCAGGAUAAUUGCUGCCUACGUCCACUUUACAUUGAUUUCAAGAGGGAUCUAGGGUGGAAAUGGAUACACGAACCCAAAGGGUACAAUGCCAACUUCUGUGCUGGAGCAUGCCCGUAUUUAUGGAGUUCAGACACUCAGCACAGCAGGGUCCUGAGCUUAUAUAAUACCAUAAAUCCAGAAGCAUCUGCUUCUCCUUGCUGCGUGUCCCAAGAUUUAGAACCUCUAACCAUUCUCUACUACAUUGGCAAAACACCCAAGAUUGAACAGCUUUCUAAUAUGAUUGUAAAGUCUUGCAAAUGCAGCUAAACUUCUUGGAAAAGUGGCAAGAUCAAAAUUACAAUGAUGAUGAUAAUGAUGAUGACGACGACAAUGAUGAUGCUUGUAACAAGAAAACAUAAGAGAGCCUUGGUUCGUCAGUGUUAAAAAAAAUUUUGAAAAGGCGGUACUAGUUCAGACACGUAGGAAGUUUGUGUUCUGUUUGUUAAAACUGGCAUCUGACACAAAAAAAGUUGAAGGCCUUAUUCUACAUUUCACCUACUUUGUAAGUGAGAGAGACAAGAAGCAAAUUUUUUUAAAGGAAAAAAAUAAACACUGGAAGAAUUUAUUAGUGUUAAUUAUGUGAACAACGACGACAACAACAAAAAGAAAAAAAAAAAAAAACAACAGGAAAAUCCCAUUAAGUGGAGUUGCUGUACGUACCGUUCCUAUCCCACGCCUCACUUGAUUUUUCUGUAUUGCUAUGCAAUAGGCACCCUUCUCAUUCUUACUCUUAGAGUUAACAGUGAGUUAUUUAUUGUGUGUUACUAUAUAAUGAACGUUUCAUUGCCCUUGGAAAAUAAAACAGGUGUAUAAAGUGGAGACCAAAUACUUUGCCAGAAACUCAUGGAUGGCUUAAAGAACUUGAACUCAAACGAGCCAGAAAAAAAGAGGUCAUAUUAAUGGGAUGAAAACCCAAGUGAGUUAUUAUAUGACCGAAAAAGUCUGCAUUAAGAUAAAGACCCUGAAAACACAUGUUAUGUACCAGCUGCCUAAGGAAGCUUCUUGUAAGGUCCAAAAACUAAAAAGCCUGUUAAUAAAAGAAACUUUCAGUCAGAAUAAGUCUGUAAGAUUUUUUUUUUCUUUUUAAUUGUAAAUGGUUCUUUGUCAGUUUAGUAAACCAGUGAAAUGUUGAAGUGUUUUGACAUGUACUGGUCAAACUUCAGACCUUAAAAUAUUGCUGUAUAGCUAUGCUAUAGGUUUUUUCCUUUGUUUUGGUAUAUGUAACCAUACCUAUAUUAUUAAAAUAGAUGGAUAUAGAAGCCAGCAUAAUUGAAAACACAUCUGCAGAUCUCUUUUGCAAACUAUUAAAUCAAAACAUUAACUACUUUAUGUGUAAUGUGUAAAUUUUUACCAUAUUUUUUAUAUUCUGUAAUAAUGUCAACUACGAUUUAGAUUGACUUAAAUUUGGGCUCUUUUUAAUGAUCACUCACAAAUGUAUGUUUCUUUUAGCUGGCCAGUACUUUUGAGUAAAGCCCCUAUAUUUUGACUUGCACUACAGAUGCAUUUUUUAUAACAUUUGCCCUACUUGUGCUUUGUGUUUUGUUCAUUAUUAUGACAUAAGCUACCUGGGUCUACCUGUCCUUUUUUUUUUAUUUUACAAAAAAGAUGGGUUCGAGUUCAGUGGUCUUCCUUCAUCUUCCAAGCAUCGUUACUAACCAAGUCAGACAUUAACAAACUUUUAUGUUAGGAAAAGGAGGAAUGUUACAGAUACAUAGAAGAUUGAGGUAAAAUGUUUUAGUUUUAGCAAGGAUUUAAGGUUCUAACUAAAACUCAGAAUCUUGAUUAAGUUAAGAAAAGUUUCUCUACAUUCGUUUAAUCAAUAUUUUCAUAAAAUCCUAUUGUUAUUACAAAGUGGACACUUCAUAGGAAACUUCUUUUUCUUUAGUCAGGCUUUUAAUAUUCAGUGGGAAAUGGAAACAUACACAUUUUAGUCGAUUUUUCAAAUGGGGGAAAAAGUCCAGGUUAGCAUAAGUCAUUUUGUGUAUUUCACUGAAGUUAAGGUUUUUAUAAAUGUUCUUUGAAGGUGAAAAGGCACAAGCCAAUUUUUCCUAUGAUCAAAAAAUUCUUUCUUUCCUCUGAGUGAGACUUAUCUAUAUCUGAGGCUAAAGUUUACCUCGCUUUAAUAAAUAAUUUGCCACAUCAUUGCAGAAGAGGUAUCCUCAUGUUGGGGUUUAUAGAAUAUGUCAGUUUGUCACUUGUCACUUAUUUAGCUUUACAAUAAAAAUUAAUAGGUAAAGCAAUGGAAUAUUUGCAGUUUCACCUAAAGAGCAGCAUAAGGAGGCGGGAAUCCAAAGUGAAAUUGUUUGAUAUGGUCUACUUCUUUUUCGGAAUUUCCUGACCAUUAAUUAAAAUAAAGAAUUGGAUUUGCAAGUUUGAAAACUGGAAAAGCAAGAGAUGGGAUGCCAUAAUAGUAAACAGCCCUUGUGUUGGAUGUAACCCAAUCCCAGAUUUGAGUGUGUGUUGAUUAUAUUUUUUGUCUUCCACUUUUCUAUUAAUUAUGUGUAAAUCACUUUUAUUUCUGCAGGUAUUUUCCUCUCAGAUAGGAUGACAUUUUGUUUUGUAUUAUUUUGUCUUUCCUCAUGAAUGCACUGAUAAUAUUUUAAAUGCUCUAUUUUAAGAUCUCUUGAAUCUUUUUUUUUUUUUUAAUUUGGGGGUUCUAUAAGGUCUUUAUUUCCCAUAAGUAAAUAUUGCCAUGGGAGGGGGGUGGAGGUGGGAAGGAAGGGGGGAAGUGCUAGUAUGCAAGUGGGCAGCAAUUAUUUUUGUGUUAAUCAGCAGUACAAUUUGAUCGUUGGCAUGGUUAAAAAAUGGAAUAUAAGAUUAGCUGUUUUGUAUUUUGAUGACCAAUUACGCUGUAUUUUAACACGAUGUAUGUCUGUUUUUGUGGUGCUCUAGUGGUAAAUAAAUUAUUUCAAUGAUACAUGGAUGUCUUUUUCCUAUCAGUACCAUCAUCGAGUCUAGAAAACACCUGUGAUGCAGUAAGACUAUCUGAAGCUGGAAAAGUCAUACCACCUUUCACAUUGCCCUCUGCUUUCUCCCUUAAGGAUAGUCACUUCAGAAGUCAUGCUUUAAAGCACAAGAGUCAGGCCAUAUUCAUCAAGGAUGGAAGAAAUCCCUGUGCAGUCUUUUUAUUCCUUUAUUUAUUGGUAUUUGGUAAUUGUUUGAGAUUUAGUUUCCAUCCAGCUUGACUGCCGACCAGAAAAAAUGCAGAGAGAUGUUUGCACCAUGCUUUGGCUUUCUGGUUCUAUGUUCUGCCAACGCCAGGGCCAAAAGAACUGGUCUAGACAGUAUCCCCUGUAGCCCCAUAACUUGGAUAGUUGCUGAGCCAGCCAGAUAUAACAAGAGCCACGUGCUCUUUGGGGUUGGUUGGUUGGGAUCAGCUACUCGCCUGUCAGUUUCACUGGUACCACUGCACCACAAACAAAAAAACCCACCCUAUUUCCUCCAAGUUUUUUGGCUGUUACCUACAAAACCAGACUCCUCAAAUGAGUUGCCAAUCUCUUAAUAAACAGGAAUAAUAAAAAUAGUAAUUGUGACUCAA